CAGGUGAAUUUUUUUCCCUGGGUCAAGUACAGUAUUUUUUUGAGAUGAUGCGUCCAGUUUUAUACGGUCCCCGCUAUAUGAUGGUGAAUUGAUAUUACUUUCUGUUGCGACCCAAGUCCGAAAUACACGCAAGAUCUCUGUGUACAUAUGUUUAUCACGCGUCUCUUGUCUCGUCCAAUGGGCCGCCAGCAAACCUUAGGCAAAUUCUUCGAAAUGCCCAUAUCUAUCAAGCCUGCGCCACCGCAACAGUCAAGCCUGAAAGAAAUGUGGGCAAAGAAGCCACCAGCCAAGGUGGACGCGUCUCGUGUCAAGGAUGAAACCAUGGAUGUCAAUACGCGUCCUUCGCCCAGAGCUGAAAGUUCCAAGCGCAAGGAGACCGUUCUGAUAGCCGACGCACCUAGAAUCAAAAGGCGGAGAGUGGUUGAGUCUGACGAAGAGGGCGAACCGUCUUCGGUAGCAGAAGAAUGCGCGCCGUCUUCCCCGUCCUCUUCGAAGACACCAACUUCCCCCACGUCUUCACCAAAAGACAAAGCCAAGGGCAAGUCCAAGUCCAAGUCCAAGUCCAAGGCAGUUUCUGGGACAGAAACUGUCUUCCGGGCCAAAACUAGCUCUCCAGCCCCGAGUGAUGACGAAGGAGACGAUGAUAUUUUAGACGAAGAUGUUGAAGAUGCCAGAGACAAGGGUGUCGGUCUAACAGCUGCGUCGAAAAGUGCCAUAGUCGCUCUGUCCAAAGUUGAAGACGUCGACAUCGAGGGUGGUUGGAAUACGGGCGAUCCUGUACCGUAUGCAGCCUUAACCAAUGUGUUCUCAAAGAUCGAAGCUACAACAAAACGCUUGGAAAAGAAUGCCCUCCUCACAUCAUUUCUGCUUCUUGUUAUUCAACGAAGUAGUUCAGGGAACGCCCAGUCUCUUCUCCAAGCGGUGUAUCUUUGCAUAAAUAGGUUAAGCCCUGAUUAUGUGGGUAUUGAACUGGGUAUUGGUGAAAGCUUGCUCAUCAAAGCAAUCGGAGAAUCCACCGGUCGUACUAUUGCUACUGUCAAAGCUGAGCUGAAGAAAGAAGGAGAUCUAGGUUUGGUAGCCAUGAACUCUAAGAAUCGCCAAAAGACGAUAGGGAAGCCUAAACCACUUACGGUUCCAUAUGUGUUUGCUAGCCUCAAGGAGAUUGCACUUAGCUCUGGUCAAGCUUCACAAGCGAAGAAAGUUUCCAUCAUAACGAAGCUUCUUGCAGCUUGUCAGGAUUUUGAGGCCAAGUACAUAGUUCGUAGUCUGGAAGGAAAACUUCGUAUAGGGAAUGCUGAGCGUUCUGUACUUGUCGCCCUUGCUCAUGCGUCGGUCCUUGCAGAGAGAGAACGAGCUGGAAAGAAGUGGUCAAGCGAGAAACUGGCGGCCCGCCUGGAGGAAGGAGCGAGUAUUAUGAAAGGCGUAUUUAGUGAACUACCCUCUUAUGACAAAGUGGUUCCCGCACUGCUUGACUACGGCCUGGAUGGUCUACGAGACCGUUGCAAGCUUACUCCUGGUGUCCCAUUAAAGCCUAUGCUCGCCAAGCCAACUAAAGCUAUCGGUGAAGUCCUGGACAGAUUUGAGAAGAAGCAGUUUACGUGCGAAUAUAAAUACGAUGGCGAACGUGCUCAGGUUCACAGGCUUGAGGAUGGUAGCGUCAACGUCUUCAGCCGUAAUUCUGAAGAUAUGAGCAAGAAAUAUCCGGACCUCGUUGAACAACUUCCAAAGUGUUUCAAGGAAUCAACCAAGUCAUUUGUAUUGGAUGCCGAGGCUGUGGCAUGGGACCAUGUCGCUGGCAAAAUUCUCCCCUUCCAAGAGCUCAGUAAACGGAAGCGCAAGGACGUCAAAGUCGAGGAUAUCCGAGUACGGGUGUGCUUGUUUGCAUUCGACCUUUUGUAUCUGAAUGGUGAACCUUUACUCCAGAAACCCUUUGUUGAACGUCGGGCCCUUCUGCGAGAAAACUUCAAUGUGAUGCCUGGAGAGUUCGACUUUGCCAAAGCGUCGGAUGGUGAAACUACCGAUGAGAUACAAUCUUUCCUUGAAGAAAGUGUCAAGGAUGGGUGUGAAGGUCUGAUGGUCAAAAUGCUGGACAGCGAGGCAAGCUUCUACGAACCAAGCCGAAGAAGUGUUAAUUGGCUGAAGCUGAAAAAAGACUACCUGGCUGGCAUUGGAGAUUCCCUCGACUUGGUAGUCGUUGGUGGAUACUACGGCAAGGGAAAGCGGACAAAUGUCUACGGUGCUUUCCUGCUAGCCUGCUAUGACAGCGAUUCCGAAGAAUACCAGACUAUAUGCAAGAUAGGAACGGGUUUCAGUGAGGAAGCUCUUCAGUCUCUGUAUGAGUUGCUGCAGCCCCUUGAGAUGUCUAAAGUUCGGGGUGAUGUUAAGAUCGGGGGAGCGAAGCCAGAUACCUGGUUCGAACCAAAGAUCGUAUGGGAAGUUUUGACGGCAGAUUUAAGUCUGAGUCCGGUUUAUACUGCAGCUCAAGGACUUGCGGAUGAGCGAGGCAUAUCACUUAGGUUCCCUCGUUUUAUACGGAUACGAGACGAUAAGUCUGCGGAAGACGCGACAGGGCCGGAACAGGUUGCUGAAAUGUACGAGAAACAGGCCCUAGCACAGAGUAGCAAUAAGAAGGGACGGGGGAACGCGGAUGACGGAUUUUGGUGAUUUUAUGUUUGUGGAGGCAUUUACAUAUAUAUGUGGAUGAGGCACCUAAGAUAGUAACUGAUCUAUAUGGUGUAGGGUAGUAAUAUCUUGGAGUGGGAGACUACUUGCCAGCUUUCUUGGCCUCUUCUCUCGCUGCCUCGACUGCCUGAGUGACCUUGCCUUUAGGAUCUGCC